AUGCCUCCAAAAGCUGCUCAGUCAUGUCAAAGCUGCACCAACCUCACGGAAAUUAUUAAUGAGCUAAAAAAUGUUAUUAAUGCUCUAAAGAGUGAAGUAGAGUCCCUAAAGAGCAAAGUAGAGGAAUUAGGAAAAAAUGAGCAAAUUAAAGGUUACCGAAGGCUACCGAAAGGGCCAACAGGAAAAAAAAAUAUUGUCAUAUUUGGGAUGCCAGAACUAACAUUAACGGACAUUAAUGGUAGAAAACGGGAAAAUAAAACUGUAGCAAGCAACGCCAGGGGUUAUAUUUUGCCCGCAAUAGAGUUAAGUGAAAUAAAUCCAAUAAGCACCCGUUGGUCAGCUCAAGAUGAUGGCGUUCACGCUCUUGAACAUCAUUUCCCAGCAAUCAUCUCAGCUUUAGAAGAAAUGGAAGAUGAUAUCGUUGAAAAAUAUUCCAAAGAAGCUUUAAAAAAUUAUGGUGCAAAUAAAUAUGAAAAAAAAAAUGUGACUUGUUAUGGGAACGUAACAAAUAAUGAACAAGGUCUCACUGAGGUUAAUAUAGAUCACUUCACAAAAGAUAACUAUGGUUGCACUGAAGUUAAUAUAGAUAAUUUUGAAAAAGAUAACUACAAUUCCACUGAGGUUAAUGUUAAUUUAAAAAGAAAUCUUAUAAUAGUAAAUUCUGUUGAGAACAAUGAUUUUGAGAAAAAUGAAAUAAACAAUAAAAAAGAAAACUAUGGCUUUGCUAAGAACAACUCUAUAGAACAUAUUUCUAAAGCAAGGGUUUCAACGGUUAGGAUAAUUGACUCUGAUUUUGAGGAUGAUGUCACAGAUGAUCAAGAUGAAGACUACUGCCUUAGUGAGGAAAGUGAGGAUGAAUCACUUGAUGAUUUGGAGAAUGAUGUCCCAGCGCGAAAUUCUGGAAAUUCAAUUGGAAAAAGGGUUUUGGAUAAUAUAAACAGAACAUGUGAAGUAGCAAUAAACAAUAAAAAUCUAUUUGUUAAUAAAUCCAGAGGCAAAACAGGUGGCAAAAAACAAAGCACUGAGGUUAAUAUAGAUAAUUUUGAAAAAGAUAACUACAAUCCCACUGAGGUUAAUGUUAAUUUAGGAAAAAAUCUCAUAAUAAUAAAUCCUGUUCAGGACAAUGAUUUUGAGGAAAAUGAAAUAAACAAUGAAAAAGAAAACUAUGGUCCCACUGAGAACAACUCUAUAAAAAACAUUUCUAAAGUGGGGGUUUCAAAAGUUGGGAUAAUUGCUUCUGAUUUUGAGGGUGAUUGCACUGAUGAUCAAGAUAUGGAAUACUGCCUUAGUGAGGUAAGUGAGGAUGAAUUGCUUGAUGAAUUGGAAAAUGAUGUGCCAGCGCAAAAUUCUGGAAAUUCAAUUAAAACAAGGGUUUUGGAUAAUAUGAACAGAACAUGUGAAGUAGCAAUAAACGAUGAAAAUCUGGUUGUUAAUAAAUCCAGAGGCAAAAAAGGUGACAAAAAACAAAACUUUUGUGUUUUCUGUCAUACAAAACAACAGAAAAUAUCCAGAUAUUUAGAGAUGGUGCACAAAAAUAAAAGUGAAGUACAAAAAUUCAUGUCUCUGCCCAAAAGAUGCGAGGAAAGGAAAAUAUUACUAGGUGAUAUACGAAAAAGAGGAAAUUUUUUAUAUAACACAAACAAAUGUUACAAUGAUGGGGAACUUAUUGUAAGCCGAAGACCAAACCAAAAUUCACAGAAUAAUGCUAGAGACUACUUGGCCUGUGCAAAAUGUAAAGGCUUUUUUUCAAAAAAAUCAAUUAGAAAGCAUUUUAGCCAAUGCUCAAAUUUAAAUAGUGCAAGUUGUAGAAAUGUUUUGAAAAUGAGCAAAAGAGUUACAGGGAGAAUCCACUCAAAAGCAAACGAAGUUGUAAAAAAAUUUUUGCUUCCCUCAAUUCGAGAUGACACAAUUGGAAGGAUGAUAAGAUUUGAUGAACUUAUUAUUAUUUAUGCAAAUAGAAUGUGCCAAAAAUAUCCAAAUACAAGACAUCAUGAAAUGAUUCGCCAAAGAAUGCGACUAUUAGGGAGAUUUCUAUAUGCAGUUAAAAUCAUAAAUAAAGAAAUCCAUGAUUUAGCCUCGGUAUUUGAUCCAAAGUUCCUUGAUAUAUGUCUUCAAGCAAUUCGAAACGAAGCUAAAUACGAUGCAGAUACCGGGAUUUUUGAGGUUCCAUCUGUGGCGUUUUCACUUGGCACAUUGUUAAAACAAACAUGCAAUUUUCUUAUAACUGAAUCUAUUAAAAAUCACGAUCCUAUAAAAAGGGUAAAUGCAGAAGAUUUCUUAAAACUUAUGGCAGAAGAAAUGAAUCUUGACAUAAAUAGGGUAGCAUCAGAAUCACAAAUUCAGUCAAACAGAAAUAAAAAGGUGGAGCUUCCACCUAUGGAGGAUAUAAAAAAAUUACACAGCUAUUUAAAUAAAAAACGACAAGAUGCUGUAGGUAACUUAAAAAGUAUGAUUAGUUAUGCAAAUUGGCUUAACCUGGCAGAAUUUACGCUUUCAUCCAUACAAGUUUUUAACAGACGACGCGCUGGAGAAGUGGAAAGAAUAUUAAUACAAGAUUUUAAAAAGUAUCAGGGAUUAAACCCUGUUGAAAAUAAAGACUUGUAUAAAACAAUGUCAGAAAAUGAUAGAAAAAGGGCUGGAAAAUAUGUGCGAUUUGCCAUAAGAGGAAAGCUCAAUAGAACUGUUUCAGUCUUAAUAGAUGCAUCCCAAUUGGAAUGUUUAAAUUUAAUGUUAAAGGUCAGAAGUAUGGUAGGAAUUUGCGAACAAAACCCUUAUUUAUUUGGGGUUCCAGGCAACAAGCCAUUCAAAUUUUUAAGGGCUUGCAUUUUAAUGCGAAAAUUCUCAGUAGAUUGUGGAGCGCUAUAUCCUAAAAGAUUAAGAGGAACAGAGCUAAGAAAACACAUUGCAACUACGUGCAUUACUUUAAAUUUGGAGGAUGAAGAAGUAACUGAUCUAGCAAACUACAUGGGUCAUGCUGAAAAAAUACAUAAAGAAAUCUAUAGACAACCUUUGGUGAACAGAGAAAUAUUAAGAAUGUCACAACUUUUAAACAGAGCACAGGGUGAUAAUAGUGACAAUGAAGAAGGUGAAGAAUAUGGUAUAACGAAAUUCAUAAAUAAUGACAUAAAUAUGGAACAAGAUAAUAAUGACAUAAAUAUGGAACAAGAUAAUAAUGACAUAAAUAUGAAACGAGAUAUUGACAUAAAUAAUUUAACUAAAACUUCCAAUUUAAGCACUUCAAGAACAAGCCAACGUUCUCCAAUGGGUUAUGUUAAAAGAAAAAGGUGGUCAUUUACUGAAAAAGAAAUAAUUCUCAGAGAAUUUAGCGAUCAAAUUGAGAAUAAAAAAUUGCCAUCUUUAAAACAGAUACAAAGUGUUAUUGUUGCUUAUCCAGAGUUACGAAGUAGAACAGCACCCAAGAUAAAGACAUGGAUUCACAACCAAUAUAAAAAGAAAUAA